UCACUGUCGACCAACAUGAACAGCACAGAGAAGCUGAAAAUCUUACUCUUCUGCGGCCUGGUACUGUCCGUAGCGGCAGAAGAGGCGAAAAAGAGCGCAGAGUCGAAGGUCCAACCAAAUGAAGCGAAAACGAAACGUGGCCUGGAACUGAGCCUGGGUGAUCACGGUUUCGGUGGAGGUUAUGGAGGCGGCUACGGAGGAGAUUUGGGAGGUGGUCUGGGAGGUGGUCUGGGAGGUGGUCUCGGAGGCGGCUAUGGCGGCGGUGAGACAAUAUCCGCGGACCACAUCAAGGCGAUCACGGUCACGAAGACAGUCCAUGUGCCGGAACCGUAUCCAGUCGAGGUCCCAAAACACGUGCCCUACCCUGUCAAAGUACCGGUUAAGGUACCGGUCGAUAGACCGUACCCGGUCCAUGUACCACAGCCUUACCCAGUAACUGUCGAAAAGCACAUACCUUAUACAGUCGAGAAGCAGGUACCCUACCCUGUCAAGGUUCCUGUCAAGGUGCCCGUAAAGGUGCCUUACCCGGUCAAGGUGCCUAUCAAGGUGCCGUACACGGUGUCGAAACCAGUGCCCUAUCCCGUUAAAGUGCCCGUGGUCGUGAAGGAGGCUGUACCAAUCCUUGUCAAGGAACACGGCCAUGGCGGUGGAUUUGGUGGUGGUCUUGAAGGUGGAUACGGAGGUGGAUACGGAGGUGGAUUCGGAGAUUUAGGCGGUCAUGAUCUCGGCGGUUACGAACAUUACUGAAGCAAAGGCUUUUGCCUCGUAGAGGUUGGAAGUCUUUGACCUUCGUUGUGUCUUGUCCAAUGAUUGCCACGAGACAUAUAUAACAUCCUAGUUUUGUGAAGCCCCGUGCUCACGAGACGUCGGCCGGUCAAACGAAAAUGUCCUUCAAGACAAUGAACAUUUUGAUUGUAGUAGACGACGGUCGAAUGCACACCAACAUUGUAUUCAUCGUG